UAUAAGCGUCUCGCGCGCACGUCGCCAUGAUCUCGAUCGGCGCGCUCCUCACGGUCGCGUGCGCCUGCGCAGCCGCCGCGGACAUCAAGUCCGAACUACUCAACAACACGCACAUCGACAAACGAGUCAUCAAACGGCUCACUUCCUUCCUCGAGUCCAACAAGACCUUAGACAGGCGAGACAUAGCCCUUUUAAAUCGAACCGCUCAUUACUUAGAUCUUGAUGAGAAAUUGGUGACAAAGUUGAUAGAUUAUGUGAAGGAGAAUGGGACGGUUGACACUAGUGUUUUGUCUCAAGUCACCCCUUCGAGUUAUACGUACGAGGAUAGUGCGGGGAAGCGGGAAAAUUCUGUAGUCGGGGCAGUGGAGGAGUCCCCAGACUACGCAUCAUCAGUGGUGCUUGCAAGUGAUCUCCUGUCUCUGACCAAUGCCGUGGCUAGAGUAGACCACGAGGCGUGCCGGGAGCAAGGAUACAGAUUCCUGGAUGGAUUGCUGAUGAAUAAACGAUGGGCGUUGAAGAUGUUCGACGCCUCGGCAAAGUCACCUCAGGGUCUGCUGUUCGGUUCAUCGUACCAUCUCGGCAACUUCGACGAGUGCAUCGGUAUCGACAGCGGAGAUGGUGGUGUCACCGUCGAGGGGCAGUACUGCCUGGCCACCAUCAAGUGGAGGCAGGGUGAGGAGGCUAAAAAGAUUCGCACUGGCCGAGGAGAGUCCCUCCGCUGGGCGGUAUGCGUGCCCAGUGCAUGCGAUGCCAAGUCUGUUGCUGGCUUCGUUGGUGAUGUGCUGGCCAAUACUGUUGGUAAUACCACCGCCACUGGCGUUGUCAUCACCGAAAAAGACUGCUACACCAAGCGGCCGCUUACCGUAUCCAAUUUGGAUGUUGGUUACUUAUCCCUGAUUCUCUUCUUCGUGGUAAUUCUCUUCUUAAGCACUGUCUACGAAGCUUAUAUGCUCAAGUGGGGCAGCCAGAAGUCGUCCGUUGCCCACGACCUCAUCGUCUCCUUCUCCAUCAUCAAUAAUGUUAAAAAGAUCUUAUCUACGAAGCAGAAUAACGCCCUGGGUUUGGAGUGUGUCACUGGUAUCAAGAGUUUGGCGAUGAUCUUCAUCAUAGCUGGUCACGCUUGCUUAUUUAUUGGCAGUGGUCCUGUAAUGGAUGCCGAUGCUUGGGACCGGCUGGUACGUGAUCCAACCAGUGCCUUCAUGUUGAGCAACGCUCUCCUCGUGGACACCUUCCUGUUCUUGAGUGCAUUCCUCUUCUGUCGACUUCUCCUGAUUGAGCUGGACAAGAGGCGAGGGAGGUUGAAUAUCUUGCCUAUCUUAGUCUUCCGGUACAUUAGAAUAACACCGGCAUAUGUGGUAGUAAUCUUGUUUUACAUGACAUGGCUGCCGAAAAUCGGCGAAGGACCUCUCUGGGAAGACAGGAUGACGCUAGAGCAGGAGAGGUGCCAAGCGUCGUGGUGGGCCAACAUACUGUAUAUCAACAAUUAUGUGAACGUUGACAAAUUAUGCAUGUUCCAGUCUUGGUAUCUAUCAGUGGACACUCAGCUGUUUUACAUCGCACCGAUCUUCAUCUACAGUCUCUGGCGAUGGAGAAAAGUUGGACCAACAUUCCUUGCUAUUGGCACCAUCAUUUCCCUUGCCAUUCCUGCCAUCAUCACCUUCAGAGACCGUUUGGACGCAACCUUAUUGUUCUACGCAAAAGAAUGCACCGACAUCAGUACCAAUUUCUACUUCAAAGAAGCAUAUAUCAAAACACAUAUGAAAAUGACACCUUAUUUCAUGGGGAUGCUCACAGGGUACAUUUUGCAUCGAAUCCAGACAGAAAAUUAUCAGCUCUCUAAGCUUCUGAAAAUCUUCGGGUGGAUGACCAGCAUCGUCUUGGGGACAGUCACCACCUUCUCCGUCAGUCUGUUCUAUCAAGAAUGGUACCAGUACAGCAGUAUCGAAGCCGCUGCCUACAUAUCCCUACAUAAACUAGCCUGGGGUAUUGCCAACGGCUGGCUUAUCAUAGCCUGUGCUACUGGGAAUGGAGGAAUCUUCCACAUGCUGUUAACUUGGAAAUUCCUGGUGCCGAUAUCAAGGCUGACAUAUUGUGCGUACUUAGUCAAUGGUAUUGUCGAAUUGUACUACGUGGGACAGUUGCGACAUCCUCUACAUGUCACUUUCUUCACUGUGAUGGCCAAUGCUGUGUCGCAUUUAGUGCUGACAUUUGCCCUUGCCCUGUUCCUAUGUAUCACCUUCGAGUCUCCCAUACACGGGAUAGAGAAGAUCCUUCUCAGGAAGUUUGCCCGUCCCGUUCUCAGUGACAAUGCUAGAAAAGAAGAAUCGGCGGAGUCGUCGAGAAAUACUAGUCAGUCUAAAUUAGGUUCAUAGCCAUAGUAUGUACGUAAU